AUGAGCACAGAAACCGGACCUUACAUCAUCUCCGACGAACCCAUCGAGAUCAACGCCGGCCGGCCCACGUGCACGCUAUCGGUCUGGAACACCGGCGACCGGGCCAUUCAGGUCGGUUCACAUUUUCAUUUCUUUGAGGUGAACCGAGCCUUGCGCUUCGACCGGGAGGCCGCGUUCGGUAUGCGGCUGAACAUUCCGGCCGGGACGGCGGUUCGUUUCGAGCCUGGCGACCGCAAAGAGAUAAACCUCGUGGCAGUGGGCGGCACCCGCCGCGUCAGCGGCCUGAACGGCCUAACCGACGGCCACCUGGACGCGCCGGCGGUUCGGUCCCGUGCGAUUGCAUCCUUGCUGCAACUGGGCUUCGCCAAUCAACCGUCAGACCGCGCCAGCGACGACGCGGAGGGAUAG